CUGAAGUGCAAAGAUUAGCGGAGCUGAUUUGAGGCGUUAAUGCAGUACCAGGGGAUACUAGGGUCGUAUCAAAUCGUCUUGAAUUAGUAGCUGAGAUGUCUUUGGUCUUUACAGAUGUUCCGCAAGGUAUUUCAAUGCUUUAUGUGUUUUGUAUUUCGAUCUGCAUUCCCGUUACGCAAAGGAUUAACUCCUGUGAUGCUACUCUGUGAUGCCCAGGUUUCAACUCUGCGGUGGAAGCUUUGAAUUCAUUGCCGCAGGACAUUCUGGCUGAAAUGGUAUGAACUGACUACUUCAUUUAGAGACUUGAUUUCACCUUGGUAGUUAAGCUUUUAUCCUCUACUAACUGAUUUAGUGAGAAUAUAUUUUUGUUACCUUAUCCAUGAUCCAUUUUCCUGACCUCUGUACAAAAAAUAUUCUCCCUAUCCCUCCUCUUUCUUUGUAAAGGUAAUAGCAUGAUUUGUAGUGAUAUUUGGCAUAAAUACCACGACUAAUGUUUCAAAAUUGUUAUAGGUAAAUUUGAGACAAUUUUGAAAUAUUGCGAGUGGUAUUUAUGCCAAAUGUCGCGUACAAAUCAUGCUAUUAUUUGUUUAUACUACUACCUGCAAAAGGUUUGUAAUUUUCACAUGUAGGUAUUUCAAAUGAAGCUGAAAUACCACUGCUCUAAGCCAAUCAAAUUGCAGAAAUUUCUCGUGUAGUAGUAUAUAAUAGUGCAAUACCAGCAACAGCCCAUUUUGCUAUUAAUGAUAAAUAUUACAGUUGGAAGUGAGGCUGGAGUUGACCUUGUUUCAAUGCAACCCUUCUUGCUUUAUUAUGUAAAUCAUGUUAUAACAUAGCUAGAAAAUUCACCUAAUCAAAUUCAAUAGCGCGAGCGUGCUUCAUAUUCCUAUUGAGCACGCUGAUGACGUCAAUAAACUAUUCGUAAUUCCUCGAGUUGUUGGGAGCUUAGCAAUCCUGAGUCUCCCGAGUGCAUCCAUAACUCAGCAAUAGACAAUGAAGCGUUUACCAUGUGUUUUAUAAGGAAAUUUAAGAGGAAAGGUUUGAAUUUGUUAACCGAUAGUAAGGAAAAGAGGUGAGUGUUGUUGUUGUUGUUGUCAUCUCGGCGAGCUGUGCGGGCUAUGGCGUGAGAUCAUUCUUUGCAAAGUUGUUUUCUCUCAAUAACAAUUUUUCGGUAAAUUAAAAGUUUUCCGGCACCUAAAUAUGGAUUUUGCAAUCAUUUUAGAGUACACUUUCUCUCAGUUUCAGGAUAAAAAACAUAAGAUUAACUGUGAGGAAAAAAAAUAUAGUCACGUAAUCAUUAACGCGUACUGCUUAAAAUUUUCAGUUAACUGCUGCAUUGAUCGCUUUGAUAAUGUUAUAAAACAAUUAGUUCAUGCUGCAGCUGUGCGUAUGUCGAGAUAUUGAGCACUUGGGAAGUUUGGAGAGCACUCAAAAGGCUAGAGUUGCACUCGGCUGCGCCUCGUGCAACUCUUACGCCUCUUUCGUGCUCUCCAAACUUCCCGCGUGCUCAAUAUCUCGACAUACGCACGCUGCCGCAUGAACUAAUUGUUAAUUGUUGUUAUGCAAACUAGUAUUUUUUAACCCAUUCGCCCCUGAACCACCUGUAACCGCCCGUGCGGAUCCAGGUCCUUUCUACCCUUUGUGACGUCAUCAGUUUUAACGGUCAAGGACAACUUUCUUUGCUAACUUGUGUAGAGUGAAGAGAUCUUUCAAACCAUACCAGAAUGAGCACAAUUCAGUCAAGGACACCGGAGAAAGAAGCAAAAAAAACACGUGACAUUGACCUGAAAAUCUCCAUGAAAAUCUUGUUCCAUUGCCCACCUACCUUUCCUUUCACCUAAUCCUAAGAUCCUAAAAGCUUUCCUAAAAUCUCUUCCCACCAAAAUGAAGGCUACGAAAUGCAAGAGAAAAAAAAAAUGAGACGAGAAAAGCGAAAAAAGAAGGGAGGAGAAAAAGCGAAAAGUAAAAGUCAAGACUGCUGUGUCACUUUUCGAAAUGCCCGAACUUCGCAAGCUGAUGUUUUGAGGCCACCAAGUGUACGACCUGUCAACCGGUUUGUGGUAAGUUUUAGCUCUUUAUAGCACGACAGUGACCAGAAAAGCACUUGACUAGCUUCAAAACGCGUUUUUGGGCAAAAUCUCCAGGAGUGAAUGGGUUAAGCAAAAUUUCCAUUAGAAAAGGUAGGAGGUUUGUAUCAAAACAAGGUUGACCUCAGACUCAAGUUCCCUCAAAGGCUAGGGCACAAGCCCACAGCGGUAAAAUGGCCUAUUACAACUCCAUUAAAUAUGAAAACAUUCAGAAUCUGGAUGCUUUACUACUUGGCUCUUUAUAAUAUUCUGCUUAACAAUUAUUACGCGAGUGUGCAUCGGAUAUGAGAUGGUAGAUAGCCAACGAGGUGCGUAGUACUGAGUUGGCUGUAAUCAUCUCAUAUCCACCAAGGGCGAGUGGAAUAAUAAAUUGUUUUCUUAAAAAUGCCCACAAAAUGUCAAGAAUUCUUCCCGAUUUUAUUUGUAGAAACAACCAAUUUUCAGCUUGUUUUUAAUUUUGAGCAGACGUGUACUGUUACCAUAUUUGGAGAGCAUGGUAUAAUGACUCAUAUACCAUGAUAGCUAAGCCAAUCAGAGCUCUAGAAUUGCAUCAUCCAAUGAUUCAGUUUUUAAUAACAGGGAAUGUCUCAAGAAUCAACCAUUGUGAUUACAGGUGACAACACCCAAUACCCCAAAGCAUAUUGCCACACGUGCCCAGGAAAAAAACCUGUGGUACCCAGAGUAAAAGUGAGCAAAGAAUGUGACAAUGAUGACUCAUGUACUUGUCAAACUUUUGUUGUAGUGUCAGGAUGCAGCAGCAUUUCUCCAGUACAAGCUGGCAUUAUAUCCUUUGGAGCAAUAUCAAAAGGUACUGAAACCUUGCAUUGUACAAUAUUUUAGGCCACAGAAUAGCCUGUGCCACAGAUGAAAUGAAACCUCUGUUUUAGUCCAUCUGCAAGUCAGCCUCAAAAACCUUGUUCUGGGUCCUCAGCUGGGUUUAUGGUCAAGUCGCCCGAAACCAGAGUUGUUUUUUUUACUAAUAAGCUUUUUAUUCAGAAAGAUAAAUAUUAACAGUUUGCUCUUUUGGGAGUGGAACAUCUCGUCUCCACUUUUUUAAAAUUAUUAUCCGCAUUGUAUCAAAAACAGGUUACUUACAAACAGCAAAUUACAUAGAUGCAGAGUUAUAUCACCCGAAAUGCUGAGUUCCAUCGCAUGGUAUUGGCCUGGAUAAUGUGAAUUUCACGUAAAAUAUUUUAGAGGUUGCAAUGAAGCUGUAAUCCAAUAAUUCUUAAUUCUUAAUUCUUGAUUUUGAUUAAUUCUUGAUUGUUUGAAACGUCAGCAAGUCCAUGUGCGACUGCUUCAGAGCAAACAAUGCAGAAUAUUGUAAUGACGACUGUUGAAUUCUGAUCAAUUGACAACACUGAACCGCGGACCUCUAAGGAAACUAACUUCCGAUUAAUAAUUAAUCGGAAGUUCAAGUGUUUAAUUGGUCUUAAAAUAACUUUGGUGAAAUUCACACAUCCCAAGGGCAAGACUGGACAUUUACCUCUCUCCCCCAUUUAAUCUCUUUUUGACCAGGUCCCCAUUUGGGCGGGGUCCAUAGACCCUCUGUAAUGAACCGGGUCCAGUGGACACGGCAAGAGCGUACAACACUGGUCACUUCCUUUAACUAUGCUCAAAGGUUUCUCAGUUUUUAAUUACAUUCAUUGUUAUGAUAUCUUUUAGUGUCUUCAAAGUGCGGGGAUAUCAUAUGAUGCAAAACUGAUAUUUAAUGCCAUAAGUUAUAUAUUCAGGUAUGUGCAAAGAGGAAAAGGCAGUAUGGACAUUCAGUCUAGCUUGAUUAUGAUUUUUUGAAGAUCUCCUAUGUUAAGAUGUGGGGUCCUUAGUGCUAUUCAAAUACAUUUCUCUAGCCUGUAUACAGGGUUGUCAUUAAGAGCCGGGGCCGGGGAUUUUCCCCGGCUACUAAGAGAGUGGCCCCCGGCUACUUUUAUUGGAAAAUAGAAGAAAAAUAGAACCAAAAGAAAUCCCUGCCGUUUGAUUCACCGCCUACUUGUUGUAUUUACCCGGCAACUUGAAAUCUUAGUGACAACCCUGCUGUAUAGCAAGCGUUUCCACUCAAGUUAUUGCACGAAGAUUUGGAGCUAGAGCAAAAAAAAAGGGAGGUAGGGGAAGGGGGAGGGAAGAGAAAGGAAACCUUCCUUCUCGCCCCUCCUCCUUCUUUUAUGUUUUUGUUCUCAUUCCAGCUUUUGUUUCAGUGGAAAAAGCAUUUUCACCUCACAGCUACUUUUUUGGAGCCACUAAAAUAGGUGUUUUUUUUUCCCACAAGCUACUGUGACACUAUCAAAUUUGAUAGUUUCUAUGCAUGACUACCCAUAAAUGCUAAAAGCCAUGCAAUAAAGAGACCUCUGCUCGUAGGAUAAUGCAUGACUUGAUGAUUCACCCAGUUAAAUAGCAAACCCUACUUAAAAGAGAAAAAUUAAACAUUAUUGUUGUAAAAAGAUUAUAAUUAUAAGAUUACUAUUAUGCCUGUACCAGUAGUUUCUUUCUGCUUGAAUCACAAAAAGUUAAACUACGAAAUCUAGGGUAGCUAUUUUGUCAUGUGACAACCUUCACUGGAGAAAGUAAUAAUAAAUAUUGAAUAUCACCAACCAAUCUCCUUUUUCUAUUGAUACAUUCAGUGGUUCAACAUUUGGUUUGUAUGACAUCUAGUUUUCUCUAAUCUUAGAUGUGUUAUCACCCCUAGUAAGGGAAUCAGGAUUCUGGAAUCUGGGAAAUUAUUUUUUGCUUGUGGAAUCUGGAAUCCUGGGCCUUGGAAUCUGGAAUACAGCUCAAGGAAUCUGGAUCUCACUAACAAUUGGAAUCCGGAAUCCGAGUUCCACGGACACUGAUUCCGGAAUCAAGAACCUGGAAUCUGGAAUCCACAGUAUGGGAUCCAGAAUCUGCAAAUGUCAUGGAUUCCCAAACAUUGGGCACGUCUUAGAUAAAACCUGGCAAUAGCAAUAAAUUGUAGUGUCUUCCUUUAUGAUGACUGCAACCCUGAAUCUCUUAUGCCUCUUAUGUUUUUGUUAAUUGUUUUCUUUUUUUUUUCUUUCUUAAUUUUCUAAGGUCUGCUGCUAAAGCUAAACUACCUGCUGAUAAACUGAUAACAGAGCUUAAAUCAUCUCUCUGCUGGAAAGAAGCUACUCUCUCAGUUAUAAAACAUGUCUGGAAUGAACAGGCAAGGGUGUGGUCGAUUGUUAUACAUUGUACUUCCAUGAAAAAAAUAAUUUGGGAUCUUACUAUGAUGAAGGCAGGUGCAGCGGGAACGAAAACAGAAAAAUUUGAAAAGCAACACAGUCAGUGAGCAAAUCAUUAGCUCAACGUGUUUGGCGUGUGAAGUUUUUGGCCAGUCAAGUCGCCAUUCUGAUUGGACAAUGUCCGUUAUCAGGUCAUUAUUUUGAACCCUGUUUCCUUUUCCGUGUACUUACUUUUUUGAAAAGUUUUCUUACAUUUCUUGUCUUGCAGGGGAAACUUUUAUGCAGCUCCGACUUAGCACAGACUUUGAAUGUGGGACAGGUAAUUAAUAGGCUACAGUAAGCAUGAACUUGACCCAAUAACCAUGUUGUACUCCGAGGAAAAAAAGAAACAAGAAACAAAACCAAAGAAGAGUCCUGUUACACCCCUACCUCCCAUAACAAGGCCACCCUGUCGCCUAGGUGACUGUUGAGCAGAGGUUCUACUGUAGUUUUUUUUUCUGCUUGAAUUAGACAGGUUCAACGACAGGAUAACUGGUUUUAGUUUGUUUCAAAAUGGAAAUCACUGUGGCCUGUUUGCUUUUGUUAUUUUAGCCCAAAAACUAGGGUGACGAUUAUUUUUUUCAACACUUCUGACAAAAAUCUAUAUUUUCUUGCAAACUACCUGUUGUAACGACAGAAAUUACAUCUUUCCCCCAGCUGGUUGACAUGAAGUGGAAGCUCUCUGUUGGUGUGAGUUCCAGUGCUUGCCGCAGCCUAAAUUCUCCCUACAUUACAGCAUUAGUAACAGUCACAGAUCCCUCUGGAGCUCUCCUUACAAAGUCCUUUGAAAUGACAAUUGGUGAAUUCAAGGUAAUCUACCGUAAAGUAUAAGAGGUGUUAUCUUGUCCGUUUGCACUGUUAUCAACCCUCCUACAUCUUAUGGUAAUCAGCGUCUUAUUUCUCCUUACAUUUGAUCAACCAUACAGGUUAAGAGAAUUAAGUUAUUUGUCAGUCAUGCAAGGGAACUUGGUUUGAUUUUAAACCAAUUGUUUUUAUUUGGGAUCAAGAUUCUGUACUAAUGAAAAUGCGAAAACAAAGAAAUAUUGGGCCAAAAAACUCAAAAUUUCACCUGAUCUUGGUCUGCAACCUCGUAACGAGGCGGCCAUGUUGGGGGUCAAUACAACAAAAUUUUUUCUUGAGGAAUUUACAUGAAAGUAGAGUUUCUGGACUUCCAGCAUAGCCGUGGUGACGUCACGUGCACACCAGCAAUACACUGUAACCAAAUGAUAGGCAUUAGACGCAUGAGUGUAGUGAUUUUGAAUGUUAUUUGGACUUACCGCUACUCCGAAGAGUCGUUUUCAGAGGGACACGUGUUUUGAUUUGCGUUUCCAGGACAUAACUUCUGUCGUUCAACAUAAAAAGAGACCAGUUUUAGAAUCGUGAGCGAUAAAUUCCAUUCUUCACGCCAGCCCGGUUAUUAAGUAUAAUUCUUUUUCUUUAAAGCACAACUUUCUUGCUUUCAGAAAUUCGCCGCUCAGAUGAGGGAAAUUGCAUCCGUCCUAGAAACUGUAUAAACAAGAUUCAGGACGUAAAGAUGUAAGCGAAUUAAUUUUACAAAUCUAAAACGGAUGAAGACAAAAAGGAAAUAAUUCUCCAUCGUAUCUACGCGCUGAAUGAGCGAAACAGAAUCUUGAGUCCCGACAAGAUGUCACGAAAGUUGGGUGUGUCAUCACCGCCAGGCCUUUGUGGAUUUUACUGACAUGUGAAAAGUCCAGCAAGGAUAUGUCGAAGAGUGAAUAUAAAUAUGUUUUCAUUUUGUCAAAAAUUACGAAUUCAAUUACGAAUAUUCGCGAAGGAUGUUUAUAGUAAAAAGUUAAUGUAACUUUCCUCGAACAGUUUUGUAUAAAAUGAUUGGAAAAAUGGCGCCGAAAAUAUCACUAGUUUUAGUUUCCAAGUUUAGUAAAUUGGCAGCGUGUUGAUAACGUAUAAAACUUUGAAAAGUGAAAAUAACAAAUUUAGCUUUCACCUACUUUGACUUGUUUUUGCAAAUUUCUCUCGUCAACCGCGGUUAACCUCAGGGAGCCGCUUAAGCAAGAACGACGGCGACGCCUACUUCCCUUCCCUGGACGGUCUUGGCCAUUUAGGGGCUUAAGCAACGACGACGGCGACGGCAACGUGAACGGCAAAACAGCAAUACAUUUAUAUUAGCAAAAGAACAACUUUGCACGUGCAUCACGCUUUUUUGUACAUUUCUUUGCCGUAACUGCGCGAUUACAACGUGCAAGUGCCUAAUUUCAUUUGACGAAUCAAACGAAUCAAGCGAGGUGGAAUAAGCGCGAUAAAGUUUGGGGCGGCAUGAGUUCACUUUUUAACUGACGUUUUUUCGUGGCCGUCGCCGUCGUCGUUGCUUCAGCUCUCUAUUUUUAACAGUCGAUGCCACCAGUGCUAACCAAGCCUUUAGGCAUGACAGAUGUUAUAAUAUAUUCCCUAGAUUAAGUUACAGUAGGGAAAAUCUGUAAUACGUUUUUUAAUAGUGUUCGAAAGAACGACGUUGAGGGCCAAGUUGAAUUAUCGUUAAAAGUUACGAAAAGGCCUAGGGUCACCUGUUAUUGAUGUAACAGUUACUGCGCUUUUCACAAACAUGCGAACCCUAAAGUUCAAAAGCCGCCUUCACAAUUGCGUUUUUCGCUGCCGUCAAUCAUAAUUACGAUCACAAGCAACCAACCUUGAAACACAGAAACGCACAAAACGGAUGGAAAUCCACCAAUCACAAAUCAGAAACCAUGACCUUUUGAACCCGUUAAAGUAAAGUUUUGUUUCCUAAGAGGUUCGUUUUAAAAGAUGAAUGACGGCAGUGAAAAACGCAAUCGUCAAAUGGCUUUUUAACUUCAGAAUUCGCAUGUUUGUAAAAAGCUCUGUAAGAAAGCCAGUUUGCUAGUGUAUGUGCGUCAAUUUUUCGCAGUUUUAGCGGUUCGGCGUGGUAGUGUAGUGGUAAGGGAAAGAGUUUAAGAUAGGAAAGGUCCGAGUUUGAGGUUCGGGUUUGAACCUGGGUUGCGAUUUUCUUUCUUUUUGAUAGAAACGGUCCCAAUAACAGGUCAAAAAUUUUCUAAGUGUCUUAAAAAUGGCAGCGACCGUUUACGAAAGGGACAACUGAGACGGUGACGGCUGUGAAAUGUCACUUAAAAAGUGAAUACUCGCUGCUUCGAUUUUUUUCACCCUUAUUCCUUCUCGUUCAAUUCGACAAAUACUGGCAAAAUUUUUCUGGAGUUGAAUUCUAAAAGACUGUAUCGAAAUUUACGAAAAGGAAUAGAAAGUCGUUGUCUUGUGUUCUCGUCAUUCACAAAACCUAGGCGCUAAUAAUAAUAAUGAUAAUAAUAAUAUAUGUAUAUUUUUUAUUUUUAUUAAAUAUAUGGACAAACCUCUUAAUGUUUGAGAAAAAAAAUUAAUAAUAAUAUAAUAAUUGAUAACAUUCUAACUAUUAAAAUCCUAUUUACGAUUAAUUCACUUUGAAAAAAAACUAUUUCGUCAAAACACUAUUUACAAUUCCUUUCGUUAAAAAAAACACUUAGUUUUGGUUAGAAAAAAAUUCAUUUCAUUAAACAAAAAUUAUUUAAAUUAAGAACAUUUCAUUUCAAUUAAAACAAUUCAUUUCGAAUAAUAAAAGAAGAAACUGUUUUCAAGGUCAAUUGUAUUCUUACUAAGACAAUCAAUAAUAAUAAUAAUAAUAAUAUAAUAAUAAUAAUAAUAAUAUAAUAAUAACAAUAAAGAAACUGUUUUCAAGGUCAAUUGCAUUCUUACUAAGAUAAUCAAUAAUAAUAAUAAUAGUAAUAAUAAUAAUGAACUUUAUUAAAGUCUCUUGUCUUAUAGCUCAGACUAAGAGAUGUCGUAGCCGUGCAGUAAAGUGGCGUCAAAGAAAUAUACAAAAAAGCGUGAUGCACGUUCUAAGUUACUGUUUUGCUAAUCUAAUCAAACCUAUUAAUUUUUUGCCGUUUUUGUCGCCGUCGCCUCCGUAGUUACUGAAGCUCCCUCCUAUCUUCCACGAAUCACCUUUAGUUCAGUGGCAGAGUACAAAGAUUAGUUCAAAAAUAGCAUUCUUAUUAUUCGCCAAGCUUUAAAAUUCACCUCACAUAAAUGUCAAGAUAAUAGUGGUUUAAAACUCGGAAAGACCCCCUGAUAUUUGUUGAAUAACCUUGCUAAUAAACUAUAAAGUAAGUAAGGCCUUCUGAUUGGACGAGCGAAGCAGUCUAUUACCAAACUAAAAUCGAAACCAGUUAAUUACUGAAGCUAAGUAGAUCGAAGUUUGUUAUUUGGUUCCCCAUUGUUGAGCCGUUCGUUAAAUUAUUUAUCAGAAAGACGAGAGAUACUUGACACAAGGCUACUUCUGAAGAAAACUAACAUGGCGAUCGGAUAGUAAUUCAGAUAUUCGGCGUUGGUCUUCUUUACUGGUACCUUGGGUAUCAGAGGCUUUUUUUUGCGUGCGUGAUGCUUCGGGGUCGGCCGACACGUGGCCGAAGCCACGAGCGGAAACCGCUUCCCUGAUACCGGCUGAAACUUGCAAAUUUAAUGACGUCACGGAAGAACAGCUGACUGGUUUCGAUAUUAGUUCGGCCGAAUAAAAAACAAAAUGCAAACACCCGAACGUAAGGACUUUCGGCUUUUUCUACCAUGAUAAGAGCUAGGAAAACGACAGUGUUUCUUCUGCAUUAGGGGCAGUUUCACGGAAAUUUUCUCAAGUUUUUCCAGUGUAAACUAUUCUGGAGUCAUCUCGAAGGUAUGUUCACCGUUGCAUUUAAUAGCAUGUGGCUAUAAAUUUUUCGGAUCGAUGGUUAUUUUAUAUUUUGUAGGAACCAAUUUUUGCAUUUGGCCCUGUCUGAUUUUCUCACAAGCAAUUCAUUUGCACGAUUGCUAACAAUUGUAUUUGAAGCCCUUGCGUUUAUUUGAGUAAAAAUACAGGCAAACGAACCCUGUGGAAGUAAAUAUGUCAGUUGGCCUUCUAAGUUGUUUAAGUUGUGGAGGUCUUUUUUUCGAUCAAAUUUUUGCGGUGGUCUUUUUUAGAGAGAAGUUUUCUUUGCGUUUCUUGGGUAGUGCCGCCCGCACGGUAGCCCUUGAACAACAAUAGCGGAAAGUCGAAAAAUUAUGAUAAACUUAAGGUGGCAUGAAACGUUAUCGGUCGUUUAUGAGCGAUUAUGAUUGUUUACAAAUUGCACUGACUGUCAAACUAAAAACCGUAGGGCCCGGACAUUUUAAAGUUUUAUUCGACCUUUACUCUACUCAGCAGUGUAAUUCGUCAUAUUUUGUAACUUAAAAUAAUAAAAUAAAACUAAAAAUUAUUAAAAUUUUGACAAAACGCUCUGGCACCUUUACUCACGCAAGCUUCUUCAUUUAGAAUAUCUUAAAACGUGGACACGGAAAGUGGCCAUAGUAAUUUUGUUAUUUCACUUGUGAAUGCAUGAAUCAGCGCUAAUUUGUUACCCACGAUAUUAAACUUGGGAAUACUUUCUUUCCUUUUUUUCUGACACUUAACUUUGAACGCUCAGAGGCUAAUAUCAAUAAAAUUGCUUAGCACUUGUUAUUUAGAACCAAAACAAGCGAAUGCAUACGAGUACCCCGCUAUGUAGCAUAUAAAUACACCUCAAUAUCUCAAUUGUGAUUGGUGCAACUAAGGAUAACGACUGCUUCCCAGUAAGUAUGUUUAUAUCAAAUGUCGUUUUUAAAAUUCAUAAUCAGCAUUUCCAUAUCCUUAUGCCUCGUUCAUUGUGUCCUCUCUUUUCGUUUCAAAGCAUAUGAUAUCAGGGGCACCCAACGAGAAUAUAGUUCAAAACCGCUUAAACAUAGCAUUGUUAAACGUAUUUUAGUAUUUAAACGGUAGAUAUAGGCAUAUUUUUAUCCCCUAAAAAUUUUUCAUCUGUUCGGAUUUCCUAGCUGAAACUCUAGUGAUCCGAAAAUUAUAGGGAUCAAAACUAACCUUUUCGAAAAUUUCAGCCAGAAAAAAGGCUCCCGAAAAUUCUAGGUGACCUUUUUUGUGUAAAAAUCCGUUAAAAAAUGGGCAAUUAUACCGUAUUUUAGAUGUUCGAAAAUCCUAGAAGAGGCAGACAAGCAAGAAAUGUUACCAAAAAUGUUCCGAAAAUUCUAGAUCUCAAAUCGUCUUCCGAACAGAUGUUUUCCAAAAAUUGACGUUGCAUGGGUGCCCCUGAUGAUAUGAUAUAUGUAAAGGUGAAUCGCCUUUUAAUAUUCUCUUUCUUUUAGUUAAGCGUAGCGUGCUCAUGCAUUGUCACAACUUCUUUUCGCUAUGGUGACAAUGCAAAACCAUAGGAGAACAAUUGUUAAAUGGUUUAAAUAUUUCCUAUUUGUAUAAAACUCGUUAGCUGUUGCUCCUGUUUCAGCUCGGAGAUUUGUCAUCUUUCUUCCUGAUUCCGCCCAACACACAAUGUCAUUUUCCCGGAGAAUACGACGUUGGGUUCGUUGCCUUGGACCGCGGGCAUUCUUUAUCACUUCUGUGGUGCUGUUCUUGAUAUCUACUUAUAUGUUUCUCUCGGUUUAUCUCGCAAUACCUCAAAUUGAGAAACGUGUUGAUGUUGAUAACGGGGAGCCGAAAUCCAUUGACCAAUUACGGGUCGAUGCUCAAGAAACAGAGAGUCGAAAGGGUUCUUCAAACAACAGCAAUAGGAGACAAAACCUUAUAAUUAUUGCUCAUGGCCGCUCUGGAUCCAGCUUUACAGGUACUAUUUUCAAUCACCAUCCUUCAGUGUUUUAUUUGUUUGAGCCGUAUCAAACCGUGGAACGUCUUCACGGAAGGGUCGAUCCGUUCAACAAAGACUACCAAGCGAAAAGCUGGGAGUGGAUACGAGAUAUUUUACAGUGUAAAUUCGUAUCGCCCAAGCACGUUGCAGACUUGCAGCAUUACUAUCGAUACGUGAUGAGAAGAGAGACAAAGGACACCCAGCCAAGCAUUGCACUUUCAUCGCCGCCAUUUUGUCGGUACGAAACUUCUGACCCUAGGUGGAGCCUUCGCGAUGCCUGCCCAGAGCCAUUUGAGCAGAAAAUGGUGGAGGAAGUUUGUUCGACGAAAUACAAGAUGACUGUGAUGAAAGCGCUGAUGGGAAGAAUGCCAAAUACUACAAUUGAGCAGUUAAUUUCCAUCUGCGAUUCGUCGAGCGAGUUCGACUGCAAAAUUUUAUUUUUGGUGCGGGACCCUCGGGGAAUUAUUCCGUCGUCUAAAGCGGUUAGCUUUUAUCGCGACAAAGAAAGAAUUGGUUUAUCAGGAACAAGAAAGUUCGCCUACGAGAACUGUAAAAAUACUGAGAUUAACCUUCGGAUCAUUAAAUCGUUGCCGGUCAGGUGGAAAAGGCGAAUAAAGAUAUUUCGUUAUGAAGACCUCGCGCUAAAGCCUUUGAAACUUCUUCCCAGCCUGCUGGAAUUUGCAGGCUUACCCAUGGAUGACAGUUUGAGCAAGUGGCUCUAUUUAGCAUCGCAUAGAGGAAAAACGGCGAGCGAACAAAACGCCGCGCCGUGGAGGCAGAAUUCCGCAGAAGGGGCGAACAGGUGGAGAUGGAAAGUGGAGCCGUAUGAAAUUACUCUUAUUGAGCAUUACUGCAAGCAUAUCAUGAAACAGUUAGGAUAUAAACCGUUAGAUCUGUCGUAUGAAGCUCAAAGAGAUCUAAAUGUCAGUCUGCUUGAAGACGACUUCGAAGCUCUUAGGUGGCUUAGGGUCUAAUUAGAUUGCUUUACUACUGAAAACAAGAUAAAUUCGUAAGCGUAUUAACCUGUACUCUGCGAGCAGAGGUUUCUUUCUGGCAUAGUCUUAGCGUUUACGAAGUCGUCGGGAAGUUGGUUUGUUUACGCCCAAGAGUUUCUCUCGGGGCGUAUACAAAACAACUAGUUACGCGACCGACGAGCCUAGCGAACGCCUUCGCAAUUACUAAACGCCAUGCCAAAAAGAAACCUCUGCUAGCAGGAUAAUAAACUUGUGGAAAAAAGAAACCUUUUAACGGAUCAAUAAACCAUGACUAAUAAGGCUAAAAAAUUAUAAUAAUAUUUCGGAUUGCAAUAGAUAAGAUUUCUUGCUUGGAAACAAGGCUAAAAAUUUAACUAUUCUUCUACGCCAAUUAAGAAUCCACUUCAACCCUUAAAAGGGUUGAGUUUAACAGAAACAAAAGCUUAUAAUAUGCUUUUAUUUGGGACAAUAAUAAAUCUUGUCCUUAGAUUUAAAUUCUCUAGUCUUCGUUAGUUUCUAUAAUGCUAGGUUCAUUAUUAUUAAACGAGUUUAUAAGUACUUCUCAGAUAGUGCAAACAUUAACCACAAAGGACUGCAAAGGACCGCAAACGAAUAUGCCGAAGAACGUAGGAUCUAUAAAGACCUGAUCAGCAAAAAUAAUAAUGUAGACAUGUUAAAUUCCGCAAGCAGAAUACUGCAAUGCUGAUCGUACUGCGUGAAAAUUAUCUCUGCAAGACUUCUCAGAUACUUAACAGUUCGUUUGCCAAAGUUAGAUUUAAUUUGCAAAAAAACAUGUAAGCGAUUGUUUUGCCUUGGGUGUUAAAUACAAAAUGACGAACAAGCUCUGUUCAUUCCGGCUGCGACCAUUUGUUGAGAAUCAAACUGUUCUACUGUCGAGGAGAACGCUUAAUUGGGGAUGUUUCUCUUCGUGCAACUGACAUGAAAUGAGAUUUAAGGUUUUAUUUUAAAAUUUAUUAUUAAAGUGUCU